AUGACCCGCUCCCGGUUCUUGCCCCCUCGCUGUGAUAUUUGGUCGUUGAAUCAUUUUGCUUUACCAUACAUAGGGAAACGAAUCGGAAAAGUUUUUUCCAAACAAAACCCCCACACCGUCAAAAUGGCGAAGAUGAUGAAGAUGAUGAAGGCCGCCGACGCCGCGCCGGUCAUGAAGAAGAUGUCCAUGAAGAUGUCGAUGAAGAUGAAGAUGAUGUCCAUGAAGAAGAAAUAAGUGGCUACUUUUCGUCACUUGUUCUUCAAAGAACUUCAACAUGACACUAGUCUAGUUGAUGUUGAAAGGCAUCUAAAAAUCUAGCGCUCCUGACAGUGGUGUAAUCUACGAACGGUUGAGCUGAAGCUAGAAUUGACUUGAAGGCACGAAAUUCAUUUGUGUAGGUACUCUACAGAAUGUAAAGAGUUGCUUUCAUACGAAAAAAAAUCCUUGUGCGGCUGUGGCGCUUCUGGGAGGGCGGCGCGAGAAAGGCUUUCCCUUCCGUGUCUGCAUUUGGUGCACCUUUGGGUACUUCUGCUGUUGUGCGUUUAUUUCGGUCGGUCAAGAACAAGAUUGGGAUCAUUUAUCCUAUAGCAUUGAGUGCAUUGUUUGUUUUAACUUUUCGAAUUUCAUCGGUAUUUCGAACGGUCAACCUCCUCUGCUCGGUGUCGCCGAUCCACGGUCCAUAAGCAUCUGAUGAGGAUGAUACCCCUCGGCUUUGGUUCUCGAAUGAUGCAUGCAAGUAAGUCGCUCGUACACAACAUAGGACAUCACAAGCUCAUCUCGGUGUGAUCAAAUCGUUCGCGAAAAUUCGGGUGAUCGUACAAGGCCGUCGUGGUGAAUCGAACUCAUUCAAGCACGCCAUCGUGAUCGUUCGUCGAACUCGUCGAGUAAAGGCAAAGUGAGAAUCACUUUCUCAUUGCUCCACUCACAAACCACUAUCCGCAUGACCCGCUCCCGGUUCUACUUGCCCCUCUGCUGUAAUAUAAUUUGGUCGUUAAAUUGUUUUGCUUUAUCAUAGGGAAACGAAUCGGAAAAGUUUUUUCCAAACAAAACCCCCCAACCUUCAAAAUGGCGAAGAUGAUGAAGAUGAUGAAGGCCGCUGACGCCGCGCCGGUCAUGAAGAAGAUGUCCAUGAAGAUGUCGAUGAAGAUGAAGAUGAUGUCCAUGAAGAAGAAAUAAGUGGCAUUUUUCUGUCGCUUGUUCUUCAAACUUCAACAUGACACUAGUCGUAGUCUAGUUGUUGAAAGGCAUCGAAUCUAGCGCUCCCGAUAGUGGUGUAAUCUACGAACGGUUGAGCUGAAGCUAGAAUUGAUUUGAAGGC